AUGUUUAUGCCAGAAACCUGUCGUUUAUUGUGCGCUUUUACAACUACUGCAGUGCAGCAAGUCUUGAAAUUGCUUCUUGAAAUUGGUUAUCAUCGAUGCUUUUUUCCGCAGGCUGCUAUCAACCAAACGAGCUUAUUCUAUAUACCACAAAUUGCAGAUGCAAUUGAUGAAUAUGGUUGUCAUAUUUGUAAAGCACAGGCAACUGGUUACCAUUUUGGUGCACAAUCCUGCAGCGCCUGUGCAGCUUUCUUCAGACGUACCGUAGCAUUACGGAAACAAUUUAAAUGCACAACUGGCAACAACAACUGUAGCCUUCACUAUUCAACCCAAACGUGUCGCGCAUGUCGUUAUAAGGCAUGUUUAGCUGCUGGAAUGAAACCGGCAUCUGUUCAGCCAAAAAAAUCGGAACUGCAGAAACGAAGAGCCUUCUGCACAGUGUCUGGCUUAAAACGUAACAGGAAGUUUGCAAUACGUCGGUUAGUAAGAGUUUUUGAAAAAGGGCAAAAUAAAGCUGAUAAGAAAUGUGAGCCACCAGUGUCUUCGACCGGUCUUCUUGAGCUUCUCUUAAGGGAACAGCGACAGCAAUUGACGGAGAUUGAGAUUAAGAAACCGAAAACUCAAGAGCCUAGCAAUAGGCAAACUUGUUCUGCACCGCCAAUGUUUACCAACCUGUUAGGUUUUGCUGGAUCUAGUCGCACUGCCAGUAAAGAAUCUCACCUUGAGUUUGAUGCUUUAAAUCACCUAAUCAAUGAAGAGAUGAAAAUUGGGGAACGCAGACGAAUUAUGUUUUGUGAAAGACCCGUUGGAAUACUGCUAGGCUUAAACAGAACCUGUCCUUUCACUUGGGAAGAAAUUCGACCCUUAAGGUUUCGCCACUUUCGAAAAUCCCUUAGAACUCACAUUUUGCUAAUCUACGAAUGGUUACGGUCUUGGCCCGGUUAUGACGGUUUUAGUAACAUAGAUCGGAUAGCAAUUUUAAGAAACUGUGUUUUGUAUCAUACAAUAUUAGACCCUUGCUAUAUAACUGUACAAAUUGGUUACCCAGAUCGAUUCGUUAUGCAUAAUGGACAAUACGUUUCAUCAAGUAAAACUUCUGAAGAGGGCUGGGAGGAUGAGCAAGAGAUUUCUGGAGAAACUAAAAAAAGAAUUUACAAGCCGCUUAUGGGUAUGAUGCUUGAUGAAUUAGUAGUUCCAAUGGUUACAACAAGAGUCAGCUUUGAAGAGUUUGUUGGAUUGAAAGCUUUUAUCUCACUGCAGUCAAGCCUCGCUGAAGUAAGCAACGAGACAAAGGUGGUUCUCCAUGGAAUGUUGAAUGCAUUGUGCCGAACGCUGCAUCAAUAUUAUGUCGAUAUCAGUGCCAAAAUUGCCGAACGUUUUGGAAAUUUAAUUUUACUUCUGUCAAAUAUAAUUGCUGUGGGUCAACAGUUUGUGGAAAAGCACCAUGAAAUAGCUUUUUUCGACUUAUGGCAGUUGGAUGGUUUGCUUCUUCAACUUCUAAAAAAUGCGCAGUAA